UUUUUUUUCCUUUAUCGUCGAAAUCUCUCCUUCCUUUCUUCCUUCCUUCCAUGGAAAAAGAGAGAAGAAACGAUGUCUUAUUAUUACCAAAGGAGACUAAAACAGUUACGGGAGGAACUUUUGGAACUAAGGGGUCAAUUGACAGCUCUCCUGAAUGACUGGGAUCCAUUUCUAGAUGGAGAAGGCGUUAUCAGAAAUUAUCUGGUUCUUCUGGGUACAACUAAUCCCAAGAUUCAUGAAACCAGGAGUGACGUGCAUGUUGAUUUGAGCAUACUAAGGGCUCUUCUACCUAAAUUGAAGAACGAAUAUGCUGAGGCCGAAAAGGAAUACUUCAAUGCACAGUUGUCAAAUAUCUACGCUUAUAGAAAAAGAUCCAUGAUGCUCCUAGAACUUCAGGGUGUCUUAGUGAAAAAGAUUCCAGAUGAACUUCGGAAAUGGAUUAAACGGUUGCUAGUUGACGAUGAAUGGGCUGAUAUUCUUCGGGUUUCCGAUGAAAAAGAGGAAAACUUGAUGAGACAGGCACGUUCCAAGGGGAUUUCGUUGACGAAACAAACAAUAGACCCUGAACAAUUCAAGGUUGACGACGACCUGGAUCUCGUUAGAGAUCGUUUCACGGACUAUCUAAAUGGAUUUACUGCUGAAAUAAGAAAGACGGAGGAGAUUUUAUGUGCUUUCUUUGAUAUCCCAGAGAUGUGUCAAUCUGUUGAGAACCUUUUGACCUUUCUGGAGAAUACAAGUUUAUCCUUUCCUGAUGACAGCAUCAAUGAAACCGAGGAAAGCCCAGAUGUUCACCACUCAACCCACCUAGAUGAUGGUGCGAAGUUUGCAAAGAAAGUCGGAGCGGGUGAAUAUUCGGAAAUGGAUGAUCUAAUGUAGCAAAGAAAAUGAAGGAGGAGCUGGAGCAAGUGUGAUCUUUAAAGAACUGAUUCUGGAUAGAGGAAGGGCACCCAGCUUAAAAGCUGUUCGUGGAUAGAAGAAGUAUCCCCAGGUGAUUGUACUUGGAGUUACUUGCUUCCUGGAUCUUACUAAUGAAUGUUCGUUCAAGUUCACUUCUGCAGUCUUUAUUUAUUGCUUUAGACCAAGUACAAUACACAGUGUCUAUCACUGUAUUAGAUUUACUCUUUUUUCUUUUGGAGCUAAAUGCUAUCUAUUAAACCAAUGUUGUUAGUAUAAGAACAGACAAAUUUUAGUGCUGUCUACUGAUGACUGAAACAUUUCAAGGGUAUAGAGAGUUUAAGCAGUAAGCACUAUCGAAUUACUAUUCCUUCCUUGCAAGAAGAUGGCCUUAUUUCAUUUGUCAGUGAAACGAGAGUUUUUUUUUUUUUU